AUGGCGGACACUGAUUCCGAGGCACCCGUCCUGCGCAAGGACGGAGUGAUCCCUCACCAAGCCGACAAACUCGGACCUAAAUUGGCCGAACAAACAGAGAAACUCGAGCAGGUAUAUCGCAGCGCAGCCGGCGCCGACACUUCCGACAAGAAAGAAAAGAAGGGACCAGCGGGCGGCUUCGAUGCCACGCCCGUACCAAGCGCACCGCCUGGUUACACGGUCAAGAUUACAUUCCACAAAGCGGAGAAUCUGCCCUUUGCAGAUUUUGGCACUCUGUCGUCCGAUCCAUAUGUUCUCGCGAUCCUCCAGACGCAGCUGCCUAAGAGGCAUAAACAGGAUCCAGAUUUAAAGUUGAGGACGCCGACGAUACAUCGGAACACAGACCCGGAGUGGGAGACGGAAUGGAUUGUUGCGAAUAUUCCCGCAAGCGGCUUCCAUAUGAAGUGCAGACUAUACGACGAGGAUCCCGCUGACUCUGAUGAUCGGCUCGGCAAUGCACACGUCGAUGUGCCUCAUAUUGACGACAACUGGAAAGGGUUCUCGCACAAGAAGUUCCAAUUGAAGAAGCGCAUGGCCAGCAAAAGAGCCUACACGCUCCGUGGAUGCGCCGCUCUUAUCUCUAGGAAAGUGAAGUUGCACGGAGACCUUAUCGUCAGUGUGGAGAAUUUAGGCAGGACCGACGCAGAGGACGGUGGUCGCGCGUACACCCUCAGCCCUUUACCAUGGUCGCAACACCACUCACCCUUGAUCGGGCGGAUAACAGGUACCAAAAACACGGAACAAGGCAAAGACGGGAAAGAGGUACAGCGGUAUAACUUCCAAUCCAUUCAAAUGCAAUUCCGCGGGCCCGUCCCGGCAGAGCUCUAUCACCGCUACGUGGAAUUUCGGCCCUUUGUAGCCGGCAUGUUCACCUCGCACAGCAUCCGUGGGCGGCUCCUGAAUCGCGCUUUACACCACCAGCACAGCCGGAUCUACAACUACGAUCGCACGACAAAAUACGGCUCCUUUGCCGAACCGUGCCUCGAGAUGACGAAUCAGUUUCUUGAUUUCGUCCAUUACGACGAAGGAGGACGGAUUUUCACAUACGUCUUGACCCUCGAUGGACAAUUUCGUUUCACAGAAACCGGGAAAGAGUUUGGAAUCGACCUGCUAAGUAAACAUACCAUGCACAGCGACGUGAGCAUCUAUAUCGCCUUCUCUGGAGAGUUCUUCAUCCGACGCGUUAAGCAUGCCAAGAUGCACAAGGACGAUGCAACAGUUGAUCCUCAGAAAGAAACACACCCACCAUCCACACCACCCGACGAAGAACAAAACGACAAUGAGGGAGGUUCGGGCAGACCAUGCACGGGUACAAAAUUAUGUUCGAGCCUAGGUUGUCCGUGUCAAACAAACAACGCACCUUCCUCUCCUUCGCCUCAACCUAACGGCAACAAUAUAAAACCCGAGAAGGACAGAGACCCGACGCACUACCAGCUCAUCAUUGACAACGACAGCGGCACCUACCGGCCCAAUGCAGAAAAGCUCCCUCUUCUAGAGGAAUACCUCAGGGCAAGCCUUCCAGGCCUGAAGAUCAAAACGCUCGACUGCCAAGCCGACGCGGAGGUCCAACAAGCUCUCAAGAAGGAACAGAGGGAGAAGAAAAAAGCAACUGCCGGAGGGAAACCCGUCAUGUACAUGCAGAACCUCAGCUUGUCAAGCUUGAGCAGUUCUGACGAAUCGGAUUUAGACUCGAUGGCCGAAGCCGGCGAGGAUCGGCCCCCGAAAGAAAGUCGGUACAAGAGGGAGAUGCACAAAUUCAUGGACGGGGGACGAGAUGAGCAUCAUGGCGAUGCAGUUGACGAUCAGCAGGUCAACGCGGAGAGGAUUCUCCACGAUCGUGGCGUCGAUGGCACAGCAGAACACGAGAAGGGCGAGCAACAAGCCACCCCUGCUCAUGCUGCGGAAGGCGGCGAUCUGAACGCAAAGCGGUAG